UGUAAGAUUCGCGUUUGGCCCUUCCGUGACUCCAUACUUUACGAAAGCAAGCGAAUUUAGUUUAGCCACACUAGCUGCUAAGUUCAUGCUCUGGUGACAUUGGGCUGAAAUAUUCUCUGAUUUUCUCUUGGAUGCUUUAAAAGAAAAUCCAAAAUGGUGACCGGAAAGCGCCUGGCGGACAUGGGGUACAAAGCCUUCUCCGCCUCCAUGAUGCUGCUGACAGUGUACGGCGGAUACUUGUGCGUGAUGAGGGGCUACCGCUACAUGAAGAGGCAAGAGCAGCUCAAGCUCGCAGCUGAAAACCAGAACCUUGAAGUUAUAAAAGACUGAGAUCUAACGGACUGGUGCUUUGAAUAAUGUGGUUGAUAUUUGUUGAUUUAUUUCCAUUUGACUUCAUCGGGAAUGGAGACAGGCGGCGUGUGAGGGAGAUGUGUGAGAUGUUUUGUUUAUAAAGCAAAUUAACCAAGAAUAUAUUUGCAAUUGUGUCCUGUGUGAUCACCGUUGUCAUGGCAACUAUUUGUAAUAUAUUAAAUGCCAUUAAAGUAA